GCUGUGGGUGCCUUCAACAUCAAAGUAACCUAGCGGAUAUAAAUGAGGCUCAUGCGAUGAAAUGGGUGUAACACAGUACAAGUAUUUAAUUAAUUAUUUUUCAAUAAUUCUACAGCUGAUACUUUGAACAAAAACACAAUAAAAUAAAAAGCCAGUCGAAUAGUUUGUUUUCUUUUUUCGUUUGAAAUUUACGCCCUAAUUUUCAAUGGUUUCAAUUCGAAUGUGUAUUCAACUGUUCAAUUGUUCAAUAUGCAUAGGAAUGUAAAGAUGAGAUGAAAAAUAAAGAUAACAGAAUGAGAAAUAAUAAUUUAAACAAUAAUAAUAAUAGUAAUAGCCAUAGUAAUUAUAAAAUAAAUGAUAAAGAGCUUAAUUGGUUUACUGUAUCACUCACAAAAUAUUAUUUAACGAAUAAUAAUAACGAAUACAAUCAAACUAGUCGAAAUAUGCCUACGACAAAAUUAACCAAUCCAAAUGAUUCGCUAGAUAAAUUAGGUAGACAGUUUACUGAAUUAGCUAGAGAUGUUUUAAAAAAUUAUUCGAUUGUAGAAAGCUUCGGUAGAAAAGACUUGUAUGCAAAAAAGGCACUGACACGCAGAACUGCUAUUAAAACACACCUGUCACCACCUACAUCGUCAUCAUCAGCCUCCUCGACGUCAUCUGACUUCAACACACCGGUAAGACAACAUCGUAGACAGAAAAAAUCGAUUGUUACAAAAAGAAAUAAUAAUAAUAAUCAUCGGUUAGAGGAAGUGAACACAAGGUGGCAGUUAAAACAAUCCAAGAAAUCUAUGACAAUACACAUGAGUAAAAUGGAUAAAGUUAAGGAGAAGGAUUCGUUGAAAGUGAAAACUGCCGACGGUAUGACAACUCCACAGUCAAGUACAGAUUCAUUGAUGAAUACCAUGUCAAUUGAAUGUCAUACUCCACAAGUUUUUAAUCAUCCAUCAGAACCGAUUAUUAAUAGAGACAAAUUGAAGGAAUCGUCAUCAACACCAUCAUCAUCUUCCGCAUCUUCGCUGUCUGUAUCAUCGAUUACCUCACCGACUUCAACAUCAAAAUUUGAUUUGAAAACUGAAAAGGUUAAAUCGACUGACAAUGAAAAAUGUCAGACCAAAGUGCUGCGGACAGAUUUUGAUGAAGAAUCCAUAGAAAUGAAUGAAGCCGCGAAGGAUAAACAGAAAGCGAAAGCGUCGUCCUCAGCAGUGCCGUCUUCAUCGACGCCAACAACAACAACAACGCCGGCAGCAACAACAGUAUCCUCAACGAAGUCAACUGAUCAUCAAAGCCGUCGUAAUCAUCAGCAUCAAACUUAUCAAUUUGUUGGAAAGUCUGAAACAUCUAGUGGACAGACAAAAUUAAACAAAUCACGCACUGCCGCCUAUUGUGAUAAUGAAACAUUGAAUUCAAAAUCAUCAUCGGGUAUUGGAUUCUAUCGUAUUCUGAAUACAGUUGGAUCUGGAAAUUUUUCACAAGUAAAAUCAGCAAUGCAUGUUCUGACUAAAGAACGUGUGGCUAUUAAAGUCUUGGACAAGAGUAGAAUGGAUGCAUCAACUCGACGUUUACUUAGUCGUGAAAUAUCUAUUCUCGAGAGUUUACACCAUCCAAAUAUUAUUAGAUUAUAUGAGGUUAUUGAAACAUUGACACGUUUGAAUCUUGUCAUGGAAUAUGUUGCUGGAGGGGAUUUAAAUCGUCGGAUAUUAAAAUAUGGUAAAUUAAGUGAAGCUGAAGGAAGAAUUGUAUUUGCUCAGUUGGUUGCUGCUGUUAAUCAUUUACAUGAACGGAAUAUUAUACAUCGUGAUAUUAAAGCUGAGAAUAUACUCUUCACAUAUAAUUUUCAAAAUUUACAAUCAACACAAUCGAAAAUCGAUACACAGGAUGACAAAUCAAUAAAACAUAAUAAUAGCAGUAAUAACAAUAGUAAUAUUCUAAAGACAAGAAGUAAUCUAAGCGAUAAAAUUCAUAAACUUCUACGGCAUAGAUCACAUUCAAGUAAAUCGAGUAGAAAUAAUGAUUCACCGACAAAAGGCGAUAGUCAUCAGCACCAGCAACGUUCUUCACAUGAAAGGAAUUCACCACAGCUAGGAAAAUAUGCAAUAAAUUUGUCAAGGAAUCAACACUAUCAAGAAGGCGGUAAUCGGCAUAAAGGUAAUCUACCUACAAGAAUGUAUUCCAAUGAAGGAGAAGGUUAUGCUGCUGCUAAGAUGAAAUCGAGUAAAUUAUAUCAAAGUGAAUCGUUGAAAUCAUCGAGUUAUGAUAGUGAACAUUAUGGUGGAGAUUUAGACAUAAAUGGUUUAUGUCCUGAUCAUUAUCGUGUAAAAUUGGUGGAUUUUGGUUUCAGUAAACUAACCAAAUCACCAGAUCAACAGUUGACUACAUUUUGUGGAUCCCCUGCAUAUGCUGCACCAGAAUUAUUUGAAUCUCAAUCUUAUCGUGGUGGGCCAGUCGAUAUGUGGGCUCUCGGCAUAGUAUUAUUUUUCAUGUUAACCGGUUUGCUGCCAUUUCGUGGUUCAACUGUUGGACAAGUAAGACGACUAGUUCUGGAUAAUUGUGGUCUACAACCACCGGACAGCCUGUCUCCUGCAGCAGCAGAUCUUUAUCGUAAUUUAACCGCUCGACUACCAGAAACACGGCCGACAGCUUCUCAACUGAUUAAAUAUGCCCAAUAUGCUAGGAAAGAUUUAUCCCCGAUUGAAAUCUCAUUACGUCAACGUUCAACAUGGACAAGUUGGUUAACUGGACAAACAUUUCCUAAACCAUUGCCUCGAUUUAAACAUUGUCCUCCGCUUCCUUCAAAUUCAGUGCUACAGCCAAUCUCAACAUCAACAUCAGACACUAAAUUGACCAAUAAUCAAACAGAUAAAAAACAAUCACUUGACUCGCCAUCUUCAACAACCAAUCGAAUUACGCCUGAUUCAAAAGAAACACCUACAUCUUCUGAAUCAACCAGUCAGCGAACAGAAGAUACAACUAACAACACCAAUACUACUACUACUACUACUAUUAAUACUACUUCUCAAAAUGACUUAAACAAAUUAGUGGCCCAUGAUGGCAGCAAUCGAAAAUCAUGCGGGAAAUUAAUAAGAUGUCAAACCAUCUCAAGAAAUUCAAUCGAUAAUGAUGAAAUAGAAGCUGCUAAGUUAUUAUUAAAUCUGGGCAUUACAACUGAAGAGAUAAAAAGUUCAUAUAAUUAUGCGUCAAGAAGUGCUGUCACUGGUGCAUAUCGUAUUAUGUUGCAUAAAAUCCAUAGAUCAAGACGUCUCAGCCGACUAGAUCAUAUGAUGCACACAGUCGGUAGUAAUAAUAAUAAUAACAAUAAUAAUAAUAAUCAAAUUGAAGAUAAUUCAACCCGAUUUAAAAAUACUCUCUCUACAAUUAAAAGUUCAACAUCUCCUAGAAUGGGGAACAGUCCUCGUGAAACGGAAUCCACCGCCACCGCCACCACCACCAACAACAAAAACAGUAGCAGUGGUCAGUACAAGGACCCAACCAAACGUCAAACACUCCCUCAAUCAACAAAAUUAGCUGAACAAAUCGACAAUUCAAGGCCGAAUAAUCAUAUAAAAACACAGUCAACUACACACAAAUUAAACGACAAAACGGAGAGUAGAUUAUGUCAUUUAAUAUAAAAGAAGAACAAUCAAACCAAAAUAAAAACAAACAAAGUUUUAUUCUUUAAUGUAAUUAUUGUGUUCCAUUAGAUUCAGUUUAAACCACGAACGUUUCAUUGUCUUCCGAGACAAUAUCUUCAGUGCUGCGUUAAAUAGAAAAAAACCUAGAAUAACAAUGAAAUCUCUCCCUAGCCCCCCCCCUCGCCAAUCUAGAGCCCAGAGAUCAUAAUAUUCAUCUGAGAGCCAGUUAUCUUCAUUUAACAGGAUUCUAUUUUUACUAUCGACAUUACAGCUAUUAAUUUUCUACAGAUAUAUUUUUAUUUUUUUCAGAUUUAUAUUCCGCCUUUUUGAUUAUUUACUGCCAGACUCCUCCGCCCCCCCCCCGCACAAUGCUGGUUCAUUCUCUGUUUUCUUUUCAUAGUAAAACAUAACUACCCAUCACGCAUGCAUGCACGCACACACGCACAUACACGUCACCCCCCUUUCCACCACAAUAUGCUUUCGGUAUAUUUAUUGUACAUUGACCAUUACUACAUUUGUUUAUUUGUUUUCAUCGAUUGAUUUAUUGUUUUAUUUAACUUUUUCAGCUCUAAUUGUAUAUGUGUAUAUUUGUGUGUGUAUGCCAAGAAAAGAAAAACAACUCGAAAUUUGAUUGGCUAAACUGUCUAGAAUGAUUCUGAUUGGCAGACGAAUAUGUCAUAUAAUAAUAAUAAUAUUCAAGUGUU